AUGGAGAUCGAUAUGAGUCGGAGGAACAAGAAGGCUCGCCCUUUGUUGGAAUCUGAGCGUGAGAAGCUGGAGGAAUUUAUCGAGUCUAUUCACUACUCCGCAAGAUAUUCUGAUGACCAAUUCGAAUACCGACACGUUCAACUUCCCAAAAACAUGCUCAAGAAAAUACCCGCCGACUACUUUGACAGCGCCAAGGGAACUUUGAAACUGCUGUGGGAAGAGGAGUGGCGAGCACUCGGGAUCACCCAGAGCUUGGGGUGGGAGCAUUACGAGGUUCAUGAACCAGAGCCACAUAUUCUUCUCUUCAAACGGCCCUUGAACUAUCAGCCGCCGACCUCCCAAUAG